UUGAAAUCAAGAUGGCGGUGUGCAUACCGCUGUCUGUAAAAAUGUCACCCUCAGCUUUACUGGGCUUUAGGUGUCUUUUGACUAAACAGUAUUCCUCCAGAAAGCUGCUAAAGUCUUUGACCGAGGUCUGCAGACGAGGUUGCUCGGUGAGAGCCCAGCAGGCGGUGGAGGAGAGCGGGGCAAGCACCGCCGGGUUUCGCAGCCCUCUGGAUCACUACAACGGGCUGAUCAGAGACGGCUCGCUGCGGGAGGAUGAGCACCAGAAAGCGGUGCUGCAGACACUGGACCAGCUCCACAAAACACUCCGAGGAUACAGCAACACACCGAGAUCUUUCUUCUCCAAGUUAUUCACCAAACCGACUGCUCCAAAAGGUUACUACAUCUACGGUGAUGUUGGCACAGGAAAAACUAUGGUGAUGGAUAUGUUUUAUUCAUACGUUGAGACUGAAAAGAAAAAGAGGGUUCAUUUCCACGGCUUCAUGUUGGAUGUGCAUAAAAGGAUCCAUCGGCUGAAACAGAGGAUGCCAAAGAGAGAAGCAGGAAGAAUGGCCAAAUCCUACGACCCCAUUGCUCCAGUUGCUGAGGAGAUCAGUGAGGAGGCUUGUCUUCUGUGCUUUGAUGAGUUCCAGGUCACUGAUAUUGCUGAUGCCAUGAUUCUCAAGCAGCUCUUUGAGAAUCUCUUUCUGAAGGGUGUUGUUGUUGUGGCCACUUCCAAUCGUCCCCCUGAAGACUUAUAUAAAAACGGGCUGCAGAGAGUAAACUUCGUGCCGUUUAUUGCUGUGUUGCAGAAAUAUUGCCAAACUCUUCGCCUGGAUUCUGGGAUAGAUUACCGCAGAAGGAACAGACCCUCUGCAGGAAAACUAUACUUCCUCUCCAGUGAGCCUGAUGUAGAAGUGACACUAGACCAGAUGUUUGAUGAGCUGGCUUUUAAGCAAAAUGACAUAACACGGCCAAGAGUUUUGAAUGUUAACAACAGGAAAGUCCGUCUGAACAAAGCUUGUGGGACCAUUGCGGACUGUACGUUUGAGGAGCUGUGUGAUAGACCUUUAGGGGCCAGUGACUACCUGGAGUUAUCCCGGCUGUUUGACACCGUCUUCAUUCGACACAUUCCUCUGCUGACGCUGAACAAGAAAACUCAAGCCAGGCGACUCAUCACGCUCGUGGACUCCUUCUACGACCACAAGGUGCGGGUGGUGAUUCUUGCAGAUCAUCCACUGGAUGAUAUGUUUGUACACAACGGUGAUCACGGUCACGAUGAGAGCCACAUUCUGAUGGACGACCUGGGGCUGAAAAGGGAUGAAGCCAGCAGUCUUUCCAUCUUCAGUGGAGAGGAGGAAAUGUUUGCCUUCCAGAGGACAGUGUCUCGCCUCACAGAGAUGCAGACAGAAGAAUAUUGGUUGGAAGGUGACAGAAGCACUAAAUCACAGAAUUCCAUCCGACACAAUCUGUCCCUCCAUAGUCGUUUUGUGAAAGUCCAGAAUGAAGGAACGGGGAAAAGCUCCUGGUGGAUGGUCAACCCAGAAGGAGGGAAAGGAGGCAAAGCUCCCAGACGCCGGGCCGUAUCGAUGGAUAACAGCAAGUACAUCAAAGGAGCCCGAGGACGUGCCACCAAGAAGAAAGCCUCGCUGCAGGCAGCCCAAGAUGGCAGCUCUGAGAGCUCCUCCAGCCUCUCCAAAUGGACAGGAAGUCCCACCUCCCGCAGCAGCGACGAGUUGGACGCCUGGACAGACUUUCGCUCUCGGACCAAUUCCAACGCCAGCACGCUCAGCGGUCGUCUGUCCCCGAUCCUGGCCAACCUGGAGCUGGACGAGGUGCCCGAUGAUGACUUGCCGCUCUCCCCCAUGCUGUACUCCAGCCCCAGCAGCAUGUCCCCAUCCACGGGGCCCACGGGGCUCUCUGACCUGGCAGGUACCAUGAACCUCAACGACGGGCUCUCUGACAACCUGAUGGACGACCUUUUAGACAAUAUCAGCCUGACGGCAUCCCAGCAGCCUCCUCCUGGAGAGGAAGACAACGGAGCUAAUGGUCAGGGGAGCUCAGUGUUUACCUUCAGCUGCUCAGGAAGCAGUCUGGGUAGCCCCUCUGGCAGCUACGGGCCUAACCCUCUUUUUAGCCCGCCGUCCAUCACAAGCCUGCGCCAGUCGCCCAUGCAGACCAUCCAGGAGAACAAGCAGACCACCUUCUCCUGCAUCUCGCACUUCGACGACCACCAGACCCUGCAGGAUCUGCUCAGCCUGGACUCCCACAGCCCCAGCAACGUCAUGCUCACCCAGUCCGACCCGCUGAUGUCGCAGGCCAGCACCGCCAUUGCCCUGCAGAACUCCCGCCGAAACGCCAUGCUGCUGCGCAAAGACCCCAUGUUGGUGAACCACACCAGCGUGGGUGAGGCCCAAAGCUCUUCAGUGCCUGGUUGGCAAGCUGGCUUGUCAACCUCUGACAAAGACGCGGGCCACCCCGACGCAAAGCAGCCCCACCUGAGGUCUCCCAGCAAGAACGCCUCCAUGCAGCUCGGCUCUGGUUUGUCCGUCCAGGACCGCUUUUCUGCUGAUCUGGAUCUGGAUAUGUUCAACAGCAGUCUUGAGUCUGACAUCGACUCCAUCCGCAAUGAACUGAUGGAAGCAGACUGCCUGGACCUGAGCUUCGACUCUCGCCUCACCUCCGCCCAGAACGGCAACAGGAAUUCAGGAAGCUUCUCCAGCUCGAAACAGACCUCCCCUCACAGCUGGGUCCCAAGCUGAGAGGCUUUGUCAGAGCUCAGCAUUGGUGGAAAAAAAAAUUAGUGGGGGAAAUGUAAAUUGGGGUUCAUUGUCCUGCGUUGUGCAACUAUAGGGAAGAAACUACGUAAACGUGUAUUCAUGUAGUAUGUUUUUUCUCCAUUAUUUUCAAUGUGAGGCAUUAAGUUUGGUACUGUAUUUUAAGUGUCUGAGACACACAAUGGUGUCUUCACAGAGGAGAAAAACAAUUCUUUAAAAAGAUCAAUGCCUGGGCGGUGGGAACAACAACAUUGACUGGAAUGGAAGUACAGGACAUUUUGUUAGAAAAAGCAUCAACUCGUGUUAGUCUCAGGGAAUCACCCAUGCAGUAUCACAAAGUGGUACAUGAAACUGAAGAUGAAUUAUGUUUUCGCCCUGCUUUCUCUCCUCUUUCACACCCUUUCAUACCAACAUUUUUGCCAAACCAGCUGUCAGCCUGUUGUGAGUGACAGCCUGUUUACAGAAAAAGCUGCAGAGAAUGUUACAUUAUUAUGUUCCAGUGGAGGUUACUUGACAAACUUUUUUUUUCUCCCUUUUAAGUUUCUUAGAGACGUAGCUUAAAUGGACUAAAAGAUUUAAAAACAAAUAUAUAUAAAAGUUUUUUUUUUUUUUUUUUUUCCCCAAUGAUUCACAGAGUCACGCACCAAAUAUCAAUCUGUAGAGGUUAAUAUGUUAUCAAGAUGUGAACUGAUCUACAUUGUGUGGUUUUUGUAUGAUGUCUUAUUUUUAUUUAGCAAAUUUUACCCUGUGAUUUUAGUGACAUUACUGUGAAAUCUGUUCCUUCUAAAAAAAGGUGCAUUACUGAAGUCUUGA